AUGGCAAGCAAGUACACCUUGAAGAUCAAGAACCGCCUGGGUAAAGCCCAGGGUGAUGUGACGUGCCCAUUUUAUACUAAAACCACCGACCUUGAGGGGUGGCACCUGGUGGCGACGGAAGAUUUGGGACGUUUGAAGUGGAUGUAUGAUGCCACAUCCAAAUUCUUCCUCGAGCUCCCGACGGGUGUUCCUGACUCCGGUGCUGCCAAAACAAACUCUGAGGCCAUCUACAAGGGGACUCGAUUUCAGACCAACACUCAGGUCCGGGAUCUGGGUUGCUGGGCAGCCGACCUGAGUUGUAUCUUUUUCGUGACCCCGAUGAUGGUCAUUGCUUGGUAUAUCACCGGCGCCGAGAUCCAUGAAGCCUACAUCAUCGAAUUGGUCCGCUUUAUGUUCGGUCUGCAGAACCCCGAGGACGGCGGCUGGCCGACAUAUCUGCAAGAGGAGACUUCGCUGAUGAGUACGACAUUGGUGUACAUUGCACUGCGACUCAUCGGAGUUCCUGCCGACCAUGAGCGUCUUCGCAAAGCUCGGUCGUACUAUCUCCGUCUGGGCGGAGCAGUCUAUUUACCGAGCUGGGCCAAGUUCUGGCUGGCGCUGCUGGGUCUGUAUGAUUGGGCGGGUACUGAUCCUUUUCCAGUGGAAAUGUGGCUCCUGCCGGAGUGGCUUUCUCUCAGCCCAUGGCAAUGGUUCAUAAUCCCGCGCCAAGUCUACUUGCCAAUGUGCUACCUCUCCUCUCGAAGGUUCACAAUGCCGACCAAUGAUCUCCUGGACGAGAUACGGGAGGAGCUGUUCCCAGAAAACUUCUCCUCCGUCGAUUUCGCAGCAUUCGAAGGGGUGGUGCGCCCGUCCAAGAGGCAUCAGGCAAAAAGCUGGAUUCUGCAGACCUUGAACUGGACCCUUAACAAUGUGUGGAGCCCGUGGCUCUGCCCCAGCAAGCUCAGAGAAAAGGCAGAGAAACGAACAUGGGAAAUACUUCAACAUUCAGCACGGGCUAACACGUCGACUGGAAUUGUGUGUCUUGACUCUUGGCUGAACAUGAUUGCUUUCUACUGUGCCGAGGGGCCCAACCCUCCUACCCUCAAGGACAUCCAAGAGGCGAGUAUAGAGUACCUCUGGAUGGGUUCAUCUGGAAUGCAGUCCAUGAGUAUUCAUGGGGCCCACGCGUGGGAAACAUCCUUUGCACUGCAGACCCUUGUGUAUACAGGUCUGGUUAAUCAUACCGAAUUCCAAAGCAACGCCCUACAAGCCUAUGAGUACCUGAUCAAGCAGCAACUUGUGGAAGAGUGGAAUGACUCUCCCCCUUGCCAUCGUCCGAGUCGUCUCGGGGCUUGGUCCUUCACCACCCGUUACCAUGGCAGCCCCUGUUCCGAUUGCACGGCCGAGGCACUGAAAGCCAUCUUGAUGGUUGAAGGCGCAACAACUCUCCGAGAAAUGAGCGAGAAGAACAUCCGCCUAGCGGUGGACAAUCUUCUCUUGAUCCAAAAUGCCAGCGGGGGCUAUAGCAGCUUCGAGCCCAUCGGCGCCGGGGCCUGGUUGGAGUACCUCAACGGGACCGAAAUGUUUGGACAAGUGAUGACGGAAUACGACUACGUGGAGUGCACCUCAUCAUGCAUCACAGCACUGGCUGUCUUCAGGACUCGGAACGGCGAGUAUCGGCGCCAGGAGAUUGACACGGCCAUUGAGCGGGGCGUGAAAUUCGUGGAGCGAAGCCAGCGGGCAGAUGGUGGCUGGAUGGCGUCUUGGGGAAUUACGUUUACGUAUGGAGCUUUCUUCGCCAUGGAAGCAUUGCACUGUGGAGGAAGGACAUAUACGAACUCUUCCGUGGUCCGAGCGGGUUGUCGCUUUUUACUGGACAUGUGGGAGCCUGAUGGAGGCUGGGGAGAGACAAUUGAGUCUCGCCUGUCUGGCUCAUAUGUACGAGCCCCCAGGUCACAUACCGUUCAGACAGCUUGGUCUUGUCUCGCGCUGAUGUACGCCGGGUAUCCCGAUCCGGAGCCAAUCAAACGAGGGAUUCAUCUGAUUCGGAGUCGACAAAAACCGAAUGGUGAAUGGGAACAAGAAUAUCCUGUCGGUAGUGGAGUCCUUACAUGUCACAUUCAAUACCAUAACUAUAUGUAUUCCUUCCCAAUCCGGGCCCUAGCGAUGUAUGAGAAGAUUUAUGGGAAGGGCAUGUUAUUUUAG